GAUCUCUCAAGGUCGUUGAGGCCGGGAGCGGGCUUUAAUUCGGCGUUUGCGUCAAUACUGGUGAUAUUGGUUGUCUUCAUUGGCUGAUAUUUGCACUUUCAAGGACUCAAAAGUGCACAUGCUUGAAUGAAUGUUUACUUACACCGAAUGCCAAUGGUUCGAUCUACGUUUUGAAAUCAAGUAACUUGAAGCCUAGAAAGUUAACUAAAUCAUGCUGUGGAUAAUCUUAUUUAUUGGAGGUAACAUCACCUCAUUCAUUUUGUGGCUAUGUCUUUUACUUCUUGCACAAAGUAAAAGGAAAAAAGUAAAACAGCCAGUCCUCGUUGUUACUGCACAUCCAGAUGAUGAAUCUAUGUUCUUCGCUCCGACUAUACUCAACCUAGUGAAUAGCGGACACGACGUCGAUCUACUUUGUUUUACAACUGGAAAUUACGAUGGGCUUGGUAGUAAAAGGAAACUUGAACUGGAGAUCGCUAUGAAGAAAUUGGGGAUCCGGCGUUCAGUCAUAAUUGAUUCAGAUAAAUUUAAAGAUGGUCCUAAUUCAUGUUGGCCAACAAAAGAUUUAGUUGAUAUCGUUUGUCAAACAUGUCAAAAGUUCCGUUCUCGUUCUGUGAUAAGUUUCGAUGAAUUUGGUGUAAGCGGGCAUAGAAACCACUGCGUAAUUGCUGAAGCCUUGAACAAAGCACAUAAGGGCAAGCUCAUCCCUCAGCUGUAUGGCUUACAAAGCGUUUCUAUUUUGCGUAAAUAUUGUUUCUUAAUUGAUCUUAUCAUUUCUGUGUUGUCUAGAGAGGACUUCAUUUGUUCACCUUUCCAGUUAAUGUACGUUCCUUAUCUUAGCAUGAUAAGUCAUAAAUCACAGUUAGUGUGGUUCAGAUGGCUAUAUAUGUACUUUUCUGUCUAUAUGUUUAAAAACUGUAUCGUACAAUAUGAACAUUAUUCUUGACGAGUUUUGUAACAUUCAUCUGAUAUAUCUACAGUUCGUUUUCUCAUUCGUUCAAUACUUUUCCUCAGUAUUUUGAUUAAUAUCACAAUUUCGGCUACUGUCCAAAAGUCCCCCGGUCUUGAAAAUACAAAAAUUAUUAAUUACAUCAAGUGAUUAUAUUUUUAGGAUUGAAGUCAGGUAAUAAUGUGUUAUAAGCAAGUCAUUAGAGAACUAUGCUAUAAUGUUUCUGUAUUCACGAACACCAAUGAUUUGAUAUACGUUUUGAUGCAAGAUAACUCUGGACGUAAGUACACAUACAAAAGCUUUCCAAAUGUACUUCGAACCAUCAGCAUCCAAUACAACCUGUUUCAUCUGGUAAUUAAAAUCUUUGAUUGAAUUUUAUGGAAUAUGAACACUGUGUUCAUCUUGUAAGAUAAAAUAAAGUAGCGUUAAAUAUUGUCUUAAUUAUUAUGCAGAUAAUCAAAAAUCAGAAAAUUACCAAGAGUAAUAUCACUUCCUACUUUUCGGACGUUUAUGAUCUUCCA